AGUUGGUGGGAAGCGGUGGAAGGAGGAGGAGCUCCCUCUGUGCUCUCUUCUCCGCAAUCACAGCUCUCAGACUUGUUGCAUCUAGACCCAUUCUAAAUAAAACAAGCGGGUUCCCAAGGGACCCUUGCAGACAAGUCAGCUCAGGGGAGGCGGCUGAGGCGGGGUGCGGGCUGCUAGUGGGGUGCAGCCCCAUAGCCAGGGGAUGGCCCUGCCAGCUGUCUUUGCUGGGAAGAGGUGGAAGUGCUGAGCUCUGCAGACUUGGAAGCAAGGGAAGGCCCAAGCUGCUGGAGAGGAGCCGGACUACCCCAUGGGGAACACGCUGAGCUAUUGCUUGGGCACCAAUGCCAGCCUCAAACGGGGCCAGCGCAGGAGGUCUGGGGAGCUGUACUGCAACGCUGACAUCUAUGAGGCAGCGUCAAGCAAAAGUGUAGGCCAAGGCAAAGAGGAGCGGAGGCGCCGCAGAUGGAACAUGCUGCUCCCUGAUGCCAGCCCCAAGCAAAGCCAGCGCAGGGUGCGGUGGGCUGAACCACCCUGCAGCUAUAACCUCACGGAGGCAGAGGUGGCAGUAGACCCAUACCCCACUGCUGUGGAGCCUGCCCAGUGGGAUUUCGGAGCCCGCGAGGGCCAUGACCUGCAGCACAUCAGCGACCAGGAGAUGCCCAAAGAUUUUGCUUCUGACCAUCCAGGGGAAACUACACUCUUCCUGAGAAAAUAUCAAAUGAGUGUCCAAGAAAAGAGGAGCAGCUCUCACCUAUAUUAUAUACCUUCAUGGCAUCUUGAUAGAAAAUACAGCUUAUGUUCCACCAUAUUGCUAGAUAACAGCACAGUCAGCCAGCCUGAUCUUAGACACACAUUAGAAAGCUAUGCAAAUAGAUCUCUGGCUAUUUUUGAAGAGCCAAUACAUCCACUUUCACAAGAGAAGUUUCCAGGGAAAUCCUUCAAGCAUGAUCCCAAACGCAACUGUAUUUUCAGAUAUUUCUGUACUCUUUUUCAAGUCAUAAAACUAACAGCUCCAUGUGCAAUCAUAGCUUUGGUGUACAUCGAACGACUUCUAACUAGUGCUAACAUCGAUCUUUGUCCUAAUUGGAAAAAGAUUGUCCUCGGAGCCAUGCUUCUUGCCUCCAAGGUUUGGAGAAAUCGUGGUCUGUGGAGUGUGGAUGACAGCCAGAAUCCCAAGGACACUGCAGUUGAGAACAUGAGCAAGAUGGAGAAGUGUUUCUUGGAGCUACUUGAGUUUAAUAUUCAUGUAUCUGCCAGUGUUUAUGCAAAAUAUUACUUCGACCUGCGUGCCUUGGCAAAUGACCAUGACCUGUAUUUUCUAUUUAGUUUUCUUCACAAAGAUAAAGCCCAGAAACUGGAGGGGCAUGCCAGUCAACACAGCCUUUCUCUGGGACCUGGUAGGGUAGGAAUGGAAAAUUAUGCCACCUAGUCCCUACUCUCCUCACAGACUGUAAUGGGGGCCUUAUCACUGGCAGAAGUCUUCCCCCAGGAGAUGAAGCAGGAGAUCCACCAGGUGCUCAUGGACCAUGGAGUCCCAUGUCAUUACACCUGCUUCUUGCUGCACCCAGAAGACAACACACUGGAGCACUUCUUAGUUCUGCACAGCAUCCAGGGGCUGCAAGAGGGCUCAGUGCUGUGCAAGGUGGAGAUCCAUGGCCUCUCACCACAACCCCAAACCUUCCAGAGCCACUUCCAAAGCCCUUCCCUAGCGGAGCUGCUUAACUGUAUCAGCAGGACCUGCAGAAACCACUUUGCAGGAAUGCAGAAAUAA